AUGUGCAGUUAUGGGUCCUAUGGUGGAGGCGGUGGCACUGGCCAGGGCUAUGGUCAGUCAUCUGGCCAGAAUUAUAACCAACAGCAGGGCUACGGAAGCUACAACCAGAGCUCUGGGAGCAGCUCCGGGCCCUACAGCCAGAGCCAGGGAAGUUAUGGCAGCUACAGUCAGCCCAUGUCAGGAGGAUAUGGCUCUCAACCUUCUAACCAGGGCGGUGGUGGUGGGUAUAAUCAUUCCAGCCAGUCCUACAGCUCUGGGGGAUACAACAGCGGCAGCCAGCCACCCAGCAUGAACUACAACCAGCAGUCAUCUUUCUCUGGUUACGGCCAGCAGCCUCUUUCUUUAUCCCCAGCAGGCUAUGAAGGUAACUCGCAGGCAUCUGGGUACAACCAGCCCCCCAGCAGUGGACAGGGUGGUGGCGGUGGCUACAGCAGCACUGGAGGUCAGGGAGCUGGUUAUGGAAGCACUGGGGGCCAGCAAUCGCCACCUCACCAUGGAGGAGGAGGAGGUCACUACAACCAGCCGCCGAGCUACAGCUCCCCUCCUCCACCAAGCUACAGUCAGCAGAACCAGUAUGGUCACGGUGGAGGUGAAGGUUACGGAGACGAGAGUCCGCCCAGUGAAAGUGGAAGCUAUGGUGGUCCUGAUGGAGGUUACGGAGGUCAGGAUGCUCGAGGUGGCAGAGGCCGCGGCGGUGUGUUUGGAGGCCGUGGAGGAGGUGGAUUUGAUCAUGGCUUUGACCGAGGAGGCCGAGGUGGACCAAGAGGAAGAGGAGGCAUGGGCAUGGGCGAUCGUGGAGGAUUCAAUAAGUUUGGUGGACCAAGAGACAUCGGACAUGGACAAGGAGGACCUGGAUUCUUGCAAGACCAGGAUAACUCUGAUAACAACACCAUCUUCGUUCAGGGCCUGGGAGACGACUACUCUGUCGAAUCCGUGGCUGACUUCUUCAAGCAGAUCGGGAUCAUCAAGAUAAACAAGAAGACCGGCUUGCCCAUGAUCAACCUGUACGCCGACCGAGAGACGGGGAAGCUGAAGGGGGAGGCCACCGUUUCCUUCGAUGACCCGCCCUCAGCAAAGGCUGCAAUUGACUGGUUUGAUGGUAAAGACUUCAAUGGAAACCCAAUCAAGGUGUCGUUUGCCACCCGCAGAACUGAUUUUGCAGGCCGAGGUGGGAUGAGAGGAGGCCGAGGACGAGGAGGGCCGAUGGGUCGUGGAGGAUUUGGAGGGGGUCGAGGUGGAGGUUUCCCAGGAGGUAAUGGAGGCGGAGGAGGAGGAGGAGGAGGAGGAGGAGGUGGAGGAGCAGGAGGAGGAGGAGGACAGCAGAGAGCAGGAGACUGGAAAUGUUCAAACCCUAACUGUGGCAACCUGAAUUUUUCAUGGCGCAAUGAGUGCAACCAGUGCAAAGCGCCAAAACCUGAGGAUGAUGAUGCUGAGAUGCCCCCCAUGGACAGAGGAGGUUACGGUGGAGACGGCGAAGGGGGCUUUGAACGCAGAGGGGGUUUUGACCGCGGCGGCUUCAGGGGCCGCGGCGGGGACCGCGGCGGGGACCGUGGCGGGGACCGCGGCGGGGACCGUGGCGGGGACCGCAGCGGUUUCAGAGGCGGGCGAGGAGGCGAGCGAGGAUACAGUCCAGGAAAGAUGGACACAAGGGGGGACCGCAGACAGGAGCGGCGGGGCCGUCCAUACUGAACCGUCACCGUCACCCCUCCCGCCUCAGCACAAACACACCCUUUUCACCUUUUAUACAUUUUCUUUCUCUUGAUUCUGUGUGUAGAAAAAUGUGACGUUGUGUUUGUUGUUGGAUGUCAGAAUCACCUGUUCCCGCUUGGCAGAGCUUUUAGACAAACAAACGAAAAAAGUUCAGCUUGUCCCACUUAACAACACAAAAUUAUUUUGACUAUCAGUCCAUUUGAUUAUGGUGUUUUACUCAAAGUUAAACACUGCAUUAGUUGGAAAUACAUUAAUUACCUUUGAAUAUUGUAAAAUGGUCAAUACGUCAACCUUUAUAAUAUUUUGUAGAAAGAAAAAUUCAAUAUGAUGUGUAUUCAUCUGUAAUUUAACACGCAGGCGAAACGUGCAAAGGAGUAAAAAAUAAAAACAAGUGAAGGAGGUUUUAUGUUUGGCAGCUGUGGUUUGGACGUGAAAACAAGGAUGAGCAGGAAAUCAGGGCUAUGUUACUGUCUCUGAAGUCACACUGUUUAUGAGUUUUUCAGUCUUUUUCACCCUGAAGUUCAGUCAAUCAUGAAUUUAAAAACACCAUCAAGCUGCUCUCACUGUUAUUGUGUCACUCCCAUUGUUGCCGUGGUGCUGGAUACCAGCAGAGAUAAACAAGAAUAAUCUGGAUGAUUCAUUCUGACCAGAGCUGUUCCUUCAAGUAAAAUCUCACCGUCAAAAACAGUCAAAAACAAAGAGACAUGAUGGGAAGCGUUUGUAUUUAGCCUCCUACAGGAGCCUGAGGGAUUUUGCAUCAAAUAUUUGAGUGCAACUUUGUGCUGCUUUAAGGUAACAAUAAUUAGUCCUCAAGUUACCCCUUCUGUGUUAUUUAACAGUAUUAUAUGUCAGAGAAACUGGAUUUUAAAUGUCAUUCAAGCCAAGCUGAAUAUUUGGUUCUCUAGAUAAUUGUUAAAUUUAUGUCAUUGUUCUUCAGAAUUUAAUGUGAAUCUAAUAUUUCAUCGGUUACUGAAUUAGGCCUUGGGCGUAUAUGGACCUAUUAUUUAUAUGGGUAUUUUUUCAAACGAGAUAUAAAAUGAGAGACAGUUUUCAUCUGUAUAAUCUGACCCAGUUGUAAAUCUGUGUCUUUUUUUCUCCUCGUCGUAUUUGUCAGCAACAAAGUGAGCCGCAGACCGGCCUGCAGCUUCUCAUUGUUGCCAAUGGAAAGACACUUUUUUUUCUUCGUUUGUUUUUUUUUUUUCAGCUUUUUUUCCUACAAAGCAAGAAAUGUAAAGUGAAAUGAUGUGUUUGACAAAAUGCGGCUAAAUUCCCACACAUGUGCUAAUACUCUGUCUUCCUCCUCUACGUCCGUCUUCCCUGCAGCAGCCUGUGAGCUGCAAACGUCAAGCAACAUUCUCAGUCAUUUAAAAGCAAAUCGUUAAAUUACUUAUCAGUCAACAUCAGGAGGGGAAAAAAUCCCAACACAAUAGAAUUCUUUCAGACAGAGAAAAGCUAAUUAAUAUUAUAAUAUAUAUAUUGAAAAUAGAAUAUAUAUUAGCAUUUUUUCUUAAAAUACGGACUCAUAGUCUUUUUCUUGUCGUGUCGGCAGCCUUUUAAUUAACCACUUAGUAAUAAAUCAUCAGAAAAUAAGUCAAAAUGGGUCAUCAAACUUUCUCAAAUCCCUAAAAUAUCAUCUGUCAAGCGUUUUUGUCAUCAGCAACGAUGAUGUACUUUUAAAUGAAAGAUAAUGGAACUUGUUGCAUUUCCUUUUUUUUCCUCAAGGGAAAAUAAUCUUUUGAACAUCUGCUCAGUUUUGUGAAUUGAAACGGUUUAUUCUCACUUGAAUAUAUUCUGCUUUUAGCUCUGUUUUGAUGUCAGCUGAUUUCUGAGAGUAAUAUUUGAGUUUUUUCACCGUUGUAAUGUUUUAUUGGAACAGAGAGGAUGCUGUUUAAAAUAUUUUUAGCCUUUUAUGCUUGGAUUGAAAUAAAAGAUGUUGGGGGAAAAAAAAUCUCCCAAUGUUCAAGAUGAGCUGCAUGAGGGUCAAUUUCUUCUCCUAACUUUGACCACCUGUCGAGAACGUGUCGCACUCCAGCCUCCUCCACCUUUUCCAUCAUAUGAUUUAAAACAAAGCCAGCUGGUUGAAUGAAGUCAAAUGUAUUUAGUAAAUGAAGUUUGCCGUAUGCAGCUGUAUUUAAGAUGAUUUUGUUGACAGACAACUGAUGGUGUUAUUCAUUCCUCAUGAGGUGUUUUUGUAUUGUGCCGGUGCUGGAUUUUAAAUGAACGUGUUGACAAAAUCAUCAGUGCACG